AUGAAAAGGAAUUAUGAAGACAGUGACAAUGUCAUCAUUUCAUUUACUAGAGAAUUCACAGAUCGUAUUUCAUAUACAUUAGGAUCAUUAUUUCAAGAGAAUGAAACGGCACAGGCGAUUACACAAUUAAAAAUGAUAGAUCCAGGAUUUAACAUUGAAGAGUUUAUGAAAGAAUUAAGGGAGUUUAUUAUACCAGAAAUAAUGGAGGCAUAUCUAAAAGGAGAUAUGGAAACUUUAAAAAUAUGGUGUUCAGAAGCA